UCACAAGCCGCCUCGAUGUGUGGCCCCGAACGCAUCAUCUCUUCCCACCUCGACUCGGCUGGGUGCCGGACUGCCCAAGAUGCGUGCAAUCCUCUUCCGGCGCAGUCGGUGGGCACGACCAAACAAGGAACCACGAUGACGGGAGCCCAACGUGGUUAGCCAGGGGUUCGCCGGAGCUCGGUCAAGAUGACUCAACCGUCCUAACGAUCGCGUUCCUCCCUGAUGUCCGUAUGAGUUGCGGCAACCCCUUUACGCGCUGCCGACGGAGCAGCAGCACGCCGCGCCCGGCCCAUGAUCGUGCGGAGGGUUCAUUCACUCUUUGCGAAGCCCGGAGAUCGAUUUCCUGCCUCACCUUUCGUUGUUCUUCUCGGUUAACCAUGCAUACCUAUAUCUACCUCGCUUCCUCUUCGGUGUCGGUCGGUCUAUUAUCAUCAACCACCCCACACACAACGACCGACACUCAAGAAGUCUACUGAUAGCUGGCUGUGGCACCCUCUUCUGAUAACUAUAGAUAGGCCAACUACAACCUCUGGCGUUAGCGCGUCGUCCCCCUGGUGCCGCCUAGGAACGCAGCUCCAAAGACGACGAAAAGCCAACGCCACUCGACUAGUUGUGCCGUAGCAGCGCGAAAAAAUAUGGACACGCACAAGAAAGAAGAGAAGCCGGUCUCGGCGCGAAGCGUCGACGCUUCUUCCCUCGAGAACCAAUCCGCCAACCUGGCGACGCUGCCGAACCAGCCGAGCGGCGAGAAAGGUAAUACCAGUCCGCAGGUGCGGUCCGUCCGGGGCCUGCGGUGGCUGCUAGUCUGCCUGUCGAUCUUCUCGGCCAACAUCCUGUUCGGGCUCGACAACACCAUCGCCGCCGACAUCCAGGGCGCUGUGGCGGAGACAUACCAUAACACGGAGCAGAUGGGCUGGCUCGGCGUCGGGUUCGCGCUCGGGUCGGCCGCCGGCAUUCUGCCGCUCGGCAAGGCCUACGGCAUCUUCGACAACAAGUGGGUGUUCAUCUCCUGCCUGCUCAACUUCGCCGCCGCGAGCGCACUCUGCGGCGGCGCUCCCAACAUGAACGCCAUGAUCGUCGGCCGUGUCUGGGCCGGCUUCGGCGGCGCCGGCAUGUACCUCGGCACACUCAACCUCUCGACCGCCCUCGCCCUUCCCAAGGAGCAGCCUCUCUACGUCGGCAUCACCGGUUUCGUCUACGGCAGCGGUUGCAUCCUCGGCCCUGUCGUCGGGGGGCUACUUGCUGAUAGCCCCGCCACCUGGAGAUGGGCCUUCUACAUCAACCUGGUCAUCUUCGGUGCCAUGGCGCCCAUCUACGUGUUCCUGAUCCCGUCGAUCCCGCGGCGGCCGGAGAUCUCGACGCUCGAGAAGAUUCGGUUGAUGGACUGGCUCGGCAUGGCGCUCAACUCGGGCAUGUACGCCUGCUUCACCGUGGCGUUCCUGUUCGGCGGUGUCCUAUGGGCGUGGAACGACGGCCGGACCAUUGCGCUCAUCGUGCUGUUCGUCGCCUUCGCCGUCGCCUUCGCCGUCUCGCAGAAGUUCUGCCUCCUCACGACCGCCGCGAACCGGCUGUUCCCCGCCCGCUUCCUGCGCCGGCCCCAGCUCGUCCUGCUCUACAUCAUGAUGUCGUGCUGCGGUGGCUCGAGCCUCUUCGUCGCCGUCUACUACGUCCCGCUGUACUAUCUGUUCGCGCGCGGCGAGAGCGGCACCGGCGCCGCCGUCCGCCUCCUGCCGUACAUCUGCUUUUACGUCGCCACCGUCCUGCUCUGCGGAAUCCUCAUGGCCCGCAUCGGCUAUCACAUGGUCUGGUUCCUCGUCUCCGGGCUCCUGCUGACCGCCGGCGCCGCCGCCAUGUUCACCGUCACGCAGGGCACGUCUGACUCUAAUAUCAUCGGGUACACGGUGCUCCUCGGGCUCGGCAUGACGACGAGCCAGGCGCCGUACGCGGUCGGCAACCUGCUCGUCGAGCCGGCGACCGCCGCCGACCUCAUCCAGUUCAUCAACAUCUCGCAGGGGUCGAGUCAGCUGAUCGGCCUCGCGAUCUCGAGCGCCGUCUUCCAGAGUGAGGCGUUCCGUGGCCUGCAGGCCGCGCUCGGCCCGGGCUACUCGAGCGCCGACAUCCAGACGGCCGUCGCCGGCUCGCGAAGCGCCGUGCUGAUGGCCGCGGCGCCCGACGUGCGAGAGGCUGCCAUCGCCGCCAUCGUCGCCGCUAUCGACAAGGUCUGGGUCCUCGUCAUCGUCGGCGGCGCCCUGCAUACGGUCUGCGCCGUGUUCCUGUCGCGCGAGCGGCACAUCAAGCCCGUCGGCAGGGAGCCCGGUGACGAGACCGCGCCGGCCGCCAUGAUAUUCUAGGCCCCUCUUUACGUCCCAGUGGCUUUCUUCUGAGUAACCUGCGACAGAAAGCUUUGCGGGUGGUACAAGCCACGACGAAAUGUCUUUUGUAGUUUUCAUAUAGGUAGAGGUUAGAGAAAGAUCAGCAAGAGAAGGGAGGGUGGGAGCAGAAGCGCAAAAUUCUGUCGAUACCUAGGUGAUCGUACGAAAAGGGUGGUGCUCCGAUAGCAUGUAGGCGGAGGAGCUCAGGAAGAUCAAGGUAAUGCCAGUAACGCAACUCGGAAAAUUUGGGAUGAAGGUACACAGUCUCGGGGGACCAGGGCAGUUAUACCGGGUUAUAGAAUAAGAAGCCAACGUCUGAUCAA